CUUCGUCUUCCCCUGCCAGAGUAGGUCGUCUCGUCGUGUACCUCCAGCCGUCUUAUCCAAGUUGUUUGUAGGUUGCAGAAGUUGAUUUUUGACGACGUCACUCCCAACAUCGACAUCCAACUUUCGAGGAGAGCGCAUGUUGCAGAAAGCUGCGAUGAGGUGGCGACUUGUCCAGGGUGUACCCCGCCUUCCGCCCGAAUGCAGCUGAGAGGCUCCAGCACCCCCCCCCCCCCGCGACCCCAAAAGGGACAAGCGGUAGAAAAUGGAUGGAUGGAUGUUGCAGAAAGUUGCCUUCUGCCAACCUUCCUCUCCACUUCCUGUCACGUGUCAUCAAAAACCAACAUCCUGACAGUGGUCAUCCUGUCCCAGCUGGUGCUGCGUCGUCAGAAGUCGUCCUACAACUAUCUCCUGGCGCUGGCGGCCGCCGACAUCCUGGUCCUGCUCCUCAUUGUCUUUGUCGACUUCAUACUGGAGGACUUCAUUUUGGCCACGCCCCUCCCGCCGUCCGUAAACAGCGCGGUGCAGGUGCUGGAGUUCUGCUCCAUCCACACCUCCAUCUGGAUAACCGUGCCGCUCACCGUCGACCGCUACAUCGCCGUUUGCCACCCGCUGCGCUACCACACCGUCUCCUACCCGGCCCGCACUCGCAGGGUGAUAUUUGCUGUCUACGUUGGGUGCCUGCUCUCCGCGGCGCCUUACUACUGGUGGCCGGAGCUCUGGCACGGCUGGCCCGCCUUGGCGAGCGGCGGCGAGAGCGAGAGCGGCAGAACCGCCGCCCAGCACGUGCUGGUGUGGGCCCACUGCGCCACCAUCUACCUCCUCCCCUGCGCGGUCUUCUUCUCCCUCAACGUUGUCAUUGUCCGCAAGCUGCGCCGCCGUCGCAGCUGCUUCCGCAUGCGCGGCUACUCCACCGGCAAGACCACCGCCAUCCUCCUCGCCAUUACUUCCAUUUUCGCGGUGCUGUGGGCGCCGCGCACCCUCAUGAUCCUCUACCACUUUUACUCCUCGCCGCCGACCUCACAGGGCGCCAGCCGCCUGCUUCAUGUGCUCACAGACAUGGCCAACAUGCUGGCUUUGCUCAACACCGGCGUCAACUUCUUCCUCUACUGUUUCAUCAGCAAGCGCUUCAGGGGCAUGGCGGCCAACGUGCUGCAGGCGCUGGUCCGCUGUCGGAAGCAACCGCAGCCGUUUUACGCCAGCCAUAACUUCUCCAUCACCAGCAGCCCCUGGAUCUCGCCCGCCAACUCCCACUGCAUCAAGAUGUUGGUCUACCAGUACGACAAAAACGGGAAGCCCAUCUGUAUUUCCUCUUAAGGGUUCGACCACCUGUACAGCGUUUCAAUGUCAGGUUUCGCCAGCCCCGGCAACCAUCCUUGCCUGCAUGGGACUGUUCGAAGGCCAACCUGCAAGCCGGGCACCGCGGUGGCACUUAGUAUCCUUUGAGCCCAAACACAACAAAAAAAGAUAACCGAACCAGCAUCACCAUGCAAAAAAAAAAAGAGAAUCACCCCUAUUUAGGGUUUCCGGUGCGCCAGCUGUAGCGGUACGGAGAGACAGCCCGCCUGGGAGAGUCGGAGGUGACACCAAUGAAAGUGGACUGCAGCUACUCAGAACGCCUGCUUACUCUCUGCGCUCAUUUUCAGGAGGGCACUGAACUUGGAAGUCUAAGCGUUCUCCUCUCCCGGCUCGUGAUGUAAAACUCUUAAUGGCAGUUGUAGGUUUUUACCAUGGAGUCUGGUGCUUGCUGUGAGAUACGAGUAGUUGGUGUAUUCAUGCUAGACUGUUACUUGUAGCGUCCAGCGAUAACGUUACACACUGGUGGCUAUGAGCUAGUAAUCGUUUCUCUAGUAUUAGGAAGAGGAAAUUUCUGCCGUCAGUAGAUAGUCCUCUAUGAACUAAUAAUGGCUCUAGAUGACUUACUGUUAGCCAUUACCCGGGUGAAUAUUAUACAUGUAAUUGGAUGUCUCUUUAACCCUUUAUACGCCAGAGGAGUGACGGCAAAUGACUUGUUUCCAGCAAGUAAGACGAGUCUAUGGAUGUUCUUGGUCAUCCAGUAUUCUCAUGUAAGACCCUUAUAUAACACAUACUUUUCCGUUUUAUACUAAGGCCGGCAAACCACCACUCCGGCGGCUCCGAUCGGAAGAGAAUAUUUUAAGAAAUGUGCUUUUUUUGAAAGAGUUCUAUAAUGUUCGACUAUCCGUAAGCCAGUAAAUGUGUCCAAAAUGUCCUUUACGGUAGGAAGGGUGUUCCUGGGAUUAAAGGCCUCACCUCUUCUCCUCCGACACCUCCACACAAAGAAGUAAGCUAACCCGGGUGAAUAUUAUACAGGUAAUCAGAUGUCUCUUUAACCCUUUAUACGCCAGAGGAGUGAGUGACGACAAACGACUUGUUUCCAGCAAGUAAGACGUGUCAUCAAGGUCUCAUGUCAGACCGGACAUACCUUUCCGUUUUAUAUUAAGGCCGGCAAACCACCACUCCGGCGGCUCCGAUCGGAAGAGAAUAUUUUAAGAAAUGUGCAUUUUUUUGAAAGAGUUCUACAAUGUCCGACUGUCCGUAAGCCAGUAAAUGUGUCAUAAAUGGACACAUGCUUGACGGUAGGCCUGGUGUUCCUGGGAUUAAAGGCCUCACCUUUUCUCCUCCAACACCUCCACACAAAGACGUAGAGCUAACCCGGGUGAAUAUUAUACAUGUAAUUGGAUGUCUCUUUAACCCUUUAUAUGCCAGAUAGUGAGGAGUGACGGCAAACGACUUGUUUCCAGCAAGUAAGACGUGUCUAUGGAUGUUCUUGGUCAUCCAGGUCAUUGUAUUCUCAUGUAAGACCCUUAUAUAAGACAUACUUUUCCGUUUUAUACUAAGGCCGGCAAACCACCUUUCCGGCGGCUCCGAUCAGAAGAGAAUAUUUUAAAAACCUCUAAAGGCCUUAGUGGCCACAUGCGUGGACAGCACCUGUUACCUCUUAUUUCCAAAAUUGUGUACAGUACUGAAUUGGGGUCUUAUGCCGACAUAUGGACACUCAUACUGCUAUCUGGUGGUGUCAGAAGAGUAUAACAUACAAUGGAAUUUGGAAAAAAAAAAGUGUAAAAAUAAAAAUUAGCAUGUCACUACACACGAAGUACACGUUUGUGUACUUAUGGACUAAGUACAUCAUAUCAAAAGAUGAUUUUUAGUUGUUAUUCGAAUUAGGGUCCAAUAAGCCCAAAUAGCAAAGACAAAUAAAAAAAAGCAUGUAAACAAACAGCUUGGGCCUUAAGAGGUUAAGAAAUGUGCUUAUUUUGUAAGAGUUCUAUAAUGUCCGACUCUCCGUAAGCCAGUAAAUGUGUCCUAAAUGCCCAUUUACAGUAGGCAUGGUGUUCCUGGGAUUAAAGGCCUCACCUUUUCUCCUCCAACACCUCCUCACGAAGAAGUAAGCUACAAAAAAAAUCCCCAAAAAUACAAAUCACAGCAGAGAUUAAUAUUACAGAUAAAUUCAACUGUAAAAAUAAAAGAUAUAAACAUUUAUAAGCUGUGUUAUGUUUUGCAGCUCCAGCCUUAUUUUCUUAAGUGGAAAAAGUAGCAAAAAUGCCUUUUUUGAUUUAAACUGGUCGAGACGUUUAUACAUACUAACCAAACAGGUCGUAGUAUGUAAAACGCAUUUCUGCAUAUUUCGGUGUACUCUUGGCUGUAAAGGCUGCCUUCACACUUGUUUCAGUACUUUGAAAAAAAAAAAAAAAAAAAAUGUAAAAGACGAUACAUCGCUUAGACUGGUAUUUUCGUCGUGUGUCCAAAGGGCUGUGCAGUAAAGAACAUAUGCAAAAAGUAAGGACGUGAUUGGGCAGCUUUUGUGACGUGACUGAAAUAUUCUUAAAUAGUAGCUUAUUUUUCUAUUUACCAGCUUAGAUUUGCCAAAAAGCUUCUAAAAUAUACUCUUAUAUAGCGCUGUUGUCACACACACACAAACGGAGCAAUGUAUUUUAACGCAUUGUCUCGUACGAUUUUGCCAUUUCUGCAUGCUUUUAGAAGUAAUUUUCACACCAGAGCUCCAGUCAUCAUCAUGGAAUGAUUGCGUUGUCACGUGACUUAAAGCACCGUACUGGCAGAGCAAACGUAACUGGGUUCGUUUUAACCGAACCAAAAGUAUGAACGCAACUAGCAGAGGAGUUGUGUUACUCUAAUUUUAAAGUAACAGUCAUGCAGCUCAGAAGUGAGAUAAAUGAGGAAUAAAAAAAAAAAAUCAGAUUACCCACACUUUAGAAUUUGGAAUAUUCAUGACUCACUUGAAUAAUUUAAAUUAAUAUUUUGAAACAAAUACAAUUUUACUGUUAUGUCACACGGACAUUUUUUUUAAACGUGUUACUUGAAUGCUGUUAUUUGCGCAAAACCAUUCGCUGUUAAAGGGGAACUGCACUUUUUCUUGGACCAACUUGUCGGAAUACCUACUCAGACUUCUUCUAUCCAGGUGAAAUGCAUGAUUUGUGAUCUAGGAUAAACUUUCAGCGCUUAUAAUAACAAUAUCACUAAUACUUGGUCAAUAUUCAAAUCAUGAAAUGUAAAUUUAGUAUAGUUGCCGCUUUUUUUAAUUUUUUUUUUUUUUAAUUCGAUUUUAUGGGCGAAAGAGGAGCUCCCGUUGGCUCCGCUGUAAACAGACUUUUAUUCACUUUUAUUUAUUUACCAAUCCACCUGUCGUAUUUGUAACAAACCAAACUGCUUGGUGGAAAACGUGGCUUGACAAAAACAACGCUGGUUUCCUCCAAUACUUUUCCUGCCUCCAAAGAUCUUUGGUCUCGGAGGCCACAUUGUAAUCUUUUCCUCAUUUGGUCCUCCUGCCUAAUUGAAGUGGAGUCAUAUUGAUGGACAGUCGUGUACGUCAACAUCUGUCUCUGCGUGCCGUGGUCUCGCCCCGAUGUCAUAAAAGUGAACGCAUUGAGAUGUGAAUCCAUCCUGCAGACACCUCGGGUGCCACAUUCAUCUGUCCUGCCAAAAAGGCCAGAUGAUAAUUCCUGCCUGGAGGGAUUAGACACUUCCAGCCUUAUUUGUUGGUCUAUUUAAUAGACAACGCUCUAAAGACAAUGAAUGUUUGAUGCAUCCGUUAAAUCGUGACCUUCGUAUUCAUCCGACUGACACACUUUUCUAACCACACGCCUCCCGUCAAAAAUGGCUAAAAUGAUAUAAGACUUAACUCGCUCUUGUAACUUGGAAGCAACAUGUUGGCAGAAGGACAAUUUUCCACGCCGCGCUAAAGACCAACAGUUGGGCCCAUGUGGUUUCCGCCGUCUCUUUCCAUCAACGAUAACUACUCCCCUGUUUCUCUUCAGGUGCGCGUGGGGAUGGAUGAGGAGCUCUGCCAUUUCAAAUCCCCCGUCUUUGUUCGACACGAAUUGAUUUUACACCAAAUUGCAAAGCGAAUGAAGGAGUGUGGAUUGCCACCUGCUCCUCUGCGUCCUCAUUUUGUCUUUUUACCCCCCCAGCAGCCCUCUCUGCUUCCACGACAUGUUAGACGCACCUGCUUGGACUUCAUUUGACAAUGAUUCUCUUCACCUGUUCAUUUUCUAAGAAAAUGACAGGAAAACAAUGUAAUACAUAUUUUUAAGUUACUUUGCAGUAAUCUAAAUAGGAUAUAUAUAUUUUUUUGGUUAUGGAUUCAGCUAUCUGAAUCAAGUCAAGAAAUAUUUAUGAUAUAUUACUUUUUGUAUAAUAUUGUGUAGCAGAAUGUAGCAUU